GGCAAUAUUGGAUUUCUGCUGGUGUUGCUGCUGCGAGGACGACGGGUGGCAGCGGCUAAGAAAGAAGAAAGACGUGGCAGCAAGCGGGAAUCGGGGAUAGUGUCGUCGGUUCGGUAAAGUUUUGUUCUCUGAUUUGGGGAUAUUCCCUGCCCAAAAAAUUCCUGGAAAAUUGACUAGUAUUAAGUGUGAGUAAAAGGUGUCCACUUUUUUUUAAGUUUUGAUUUUAGUUUUGUCUUAGAUAGUAUUUGGCAAGAUUUAGCCUAGAAAUUAUGUAGUAUUUAUUACAUGAGAAUCAAAAUUGCUUUGUUACUGGGCUGGUUUCAAAAUUUAGAACUCAUUUCAGUGUAUCAAAAUAGCUUUUUUUGUUUUUGUUUUUGAAAUUCUAAAAUGGUAACUGUACCAUUGUGAAAUGAAAUUUCAGCUCCAAAAGUUUACCCUUUACUUACUGGAGUAAAUGGAUGAUUACAACAUCUUUAGUCAUAGCCAUUAGUAAUUAAGUAUUUGGAACUAGGCUGCCUAAGCAAGCCUUAGUUGGGCCAUUGUUGAAUGGCAUGUCACUGACAUUGGUGUUCAUGUAAAAGAAGAAAAAAUACUCCCUUAGAUACAAAUCUUCUGUGUUUGACAGUGCCAGAUCAGGAUGGCUAUAAUGCUGCUUUGCCUUCUACAACUUGCUGCACCGCUCUACAGUUACUCUAUAACUAUACGUUUCUAUCUUUUUUGGUUAAACACUCCCUGAGGAGGAGGAUGAUAUACAUACAACCAUGUUAUACACAUUCAUAUAUGUGUAAGGAUUUCCCCUCAUCUUUUCUGGGCUGGACAAAAUUUAGUGUAACAUUAGUUUCAUGAUACUUUUGAUGUAAGUUCACUAUUUUUAUAAUGAACCCAAAUCUAAAGGCUUUUAUAGUGUCUUUUGAAAGCUUACCCAGAUGUUUUAUUUCUACACAUUUGUGUAUAUGUGUGUGUGUGUAUAAGCCAGUUAGUAUCUAUAUAUAUGUAUAUUAUAUACAUAAAACAUUUUAUAUUUUUACAUACAAGUAUGCUUUUAUUAUACAGAUAAUAAAGAUCGGGGAAGGUUUCUGUUUUUUUCUUAAUAGGUGAAGAAAUCUUGAAGACCAGAAAUUGGAUCUUAUUGAAUUUUUUUUUUUUUUUUAAAUUUUUUCUUUUACUCUUUUCUUUUUAAAUUAUAUUGUUCGGCUAUGGAAGAUGGAUUUUUUUUUUUUUUUUUAAUAACCCUUUGAAUCUCAAGUUCAUUUUUAAAUGAACUUGCUUUUUGUUUUUGAGGAGAUAACUAACCCUAGCUGUCUCCAGUCUGACAAAGGUUAUUCGAAUGGACUUAAUCUCCCAGUAGUUUGGAGAUGUUUUAGAAGCACAUCCUGUGUUUGAAUUGUGGCUGAGAGGUUUCCUUGGCAAUGUGAGGAGGAAAAUUCUUUCUGCCUCAUUAUUAUUAAUUCAUGGAUUGAGUGUUGGUUCGACCUACAGGAGUAAUAGAUUGGAACUCAGUGAAGACCCAGACGUUCCUUUUGAGAUCAGCCAGCUAAUGAUUGCAUUUUAAAGACGAUUUCUGUGAUUGAGUGUAUUCUUGUGGAAGAUUGAACCUGUUUCAAGAGGAGUUGGAGCUGGUCCCCCCCUUGAGGAAGCAGUGGCUUGCUUCAAAAAGCCACUUCUGAUCUAAGAAUCUGCUCAGCAUGCCUAAUCAAGGAGAAGACUGCUAUUUUUUUUUCUAUUCUACAUGUACCAAAGGUGACAGCUGCCCAUUCCGUCACUGUGAAGCGGCACUAGGAAAUGAAACUGUUUGCACAUUAUGGCAAGAAGGACGUUGUUUUCGACAGGUGUGCAGGUUUCGACACAUGGAAAUUGAUAAAAAACGCAGUGAGAUUCCUUGUUAUUGGGAAAACCAGCCAGUGGGAUGUCAGAAACUAAACUGCGCUUUCCAUCACAACAGAGGACGCUAUGUUGAAGGCCUUUUCCUACCUCCGAGCAAAACUGUGUUACCCACUGUGCCUGAGUCACCAGAAGAGGAAGUGAAGGCUAGCCAGCUCACAGUUCAACAGAACAAAUUGUCUGUCCAGUCUAAUCCCUCCCCCCAGCUGCGGAGUAUUAUGAAAGUAGAAAGUUCAGAAAAUGUUCCCAGCCCCACACAUCCACCAGUUGUAAUCAAUGCUGCAGAUGAUGAUGAAGAUGACGAUGAUCAGUUUUCUGAGGAAGGUGAUGAAACCAAAAUACCUACACUGCAGUCAACUCCUGAAGUUCAUAAUGGAUUACGAGUGACUUCUGCCCGGAAACCUGGGGUCAGUUUAAAGCAAGGUGAAUGUUUGAAUUUUGGAAUAAAAACUCUUGAGGAAAUCAAAUCAAAGAAAAUGAAGGAAAAAUCCAGGAAGCAAGGUGAAAGUUCUUCCGGAGUUUCCAGCCUUUUACUCCAACCCCAGCCUGUUCCAGGCCCGGAAAAAGAGAAUGUCCGGACUGUGGUGAGGACGGUAACUCUGUCCAGCAAACAAGGAGAAGAACCCUUGGUUAGAUUGAGUCUCACUGAGAGACUGGGGAAACGAAAAUUUUCAGUAGGUGGUGACAACGAUCCUCCGUUAAAGCGUAGCCUUGCACAGAGACUAGGAAAGAAGGUUGAAUCUCCAGAAACUAACACUGACAAAGCAUCAAAGAAAGUUCAAGUCUCCAAGUCUCUGAAGGAGCGAUUAGGCAUGUCUGCUGAUCCAAACAGUGAGGAAGCAGCAGAGAAAGUUACUAAAGUUGGCGAGAUCCAUGUGAAGACAUUAGAAGAAAUUCUUCUUGAAAGAGCUAAUCAGAAACGUGGAGAAUUGCAAACUAAACUUAAGACGGAAGGACCUUCAAAAGCUGAUGAUUCCACUUCAGUAACAAGAAGCUCCUCCAGUAUCCGAAUCAAAACCUUCUCUGAGGUCCUGGCUGAGAAGAAACAUCGGCAGCAGGAAGCAGAGAGACAGAAAAACAAAAAGGAUAUAACUUGCAUCAAGUUAAAGACUGAUAAUGAAAUUAAAAAAACAGUGCUUUUGCCACCCAUGGUUGCCAGCAAAGGACUGUCAGAGGAGCCACUAGGUAAAACCAAAUCAAUACAGGAGGUGCACAUCAAGACGCUGGAGGAAAUUAAACUGGAGAAGGCACUGAGGGUGCAGCAGAACUCUGAGAGCAGCACCAGCUCCCAGCCCCAGCCUGAGGGCACACCAGGGACAAGGCGGCUACUGCGCAUCACCAAAAGAACAGGUGUAAAAGAAGAAAAGAAACUUCAGGAAGGAAGUGAAGUUGCAUCUCAGAGCAGUGUUAAUAGAGCAGAGGCUAAAGAGAUUUCCGAUGAGACCACAGGAAUUGGCGCCACUAAAAUUCAAGUCAGGAGAUGUGAAACCUUGAAAGAGAAGCACAUGCAGAAACAGCAGGAAAAGGGAGCUCCACAAAAGGAAAAAUCAGUUUUGAUACCCCUUCAGGGAGACGUAGCCUCUUGCAAUACUCAACUGCUAGAGAAACCAGUGCUCACAACUGUACCAGGCAUCACUCGGCACCAGACAAAGAGGCUGCCCACAAAGUCAUCCCAGAAGGUGGAGGUAGAAACCUCAGGGAUCGGCGAUUCAAUAUUGAACGUGAAAUGUGCAACACAGCCCUUGGAGAAAAGGGGUAAAGCUAAACCCAAAGUGAAUGUGAAGCCAUCUGUGGUUAAAGUUGUUUCAGCCCCCAAAUUGGCCCCAAAACGCAAGGCAGUAGAGGUUCACCCUGCUGUCAUUGCAGCUGUGAAGCCACUCAGUUCCAGCAGCAUCCUGCAGGAAAGCCCAGCCAAAAGAGCAGCUGUGGCUGUCGUCCCGCUCCUCUCUGAGGACAAGUCAGUCACUGUGCCUGAGACAGAAAAACCUAGGGACAGUCUUGUGCCAUCGCCAACUCAGUCCUCUUCAGAUCCUUCACCUCCAGAAGUAUCAGGCCCUUCCUCAUCCCAAGUGGCUAUGAAAACUCGCCGACUCAGCUCUACUUCAACAGGAAAGCCCCUGCUCUCUGUGGAGGAUGAUUUUGAGAAACUAAUAUGGGAGAUUUCAGGAGGCAAAUUAGAGGCUGAGAUUGACCUGGAUCCUGGGAAGGAUGAAGAUGACCUUUUGCUUGAGCUAUCAGAAAUGAUUGAUAGCUGAAGGUGGUAGUGCAAAAAAAAAAAAAAAAACCUCACCAAAAAACUGGACUUAGUUUCAUCUAUUAUCACAUUUACCCGAGGUGAUCAUUGCGUUAGUCUAGAAUUUGACCCACAUCAGAAGUAUACCUCUGAAUUACCUGUAUGUGUCCCAGAUUCCUUGGGGUCAGAUUUUUAAAGUCACUCAUUUCAUUUUGUUCAUUUGAUGCCAUUGUUUAGCAUCUUUGAAAUAAAGUUCUGUUUUACCUUUCUCUCUGCAAAAAGAGACUGAGAGGAGGAUCCAGGUGAAAGGACGCAAGAGAACUAGUGACUCCUUGAGGUGUUUUGUCAGUUUGGCUUUUUUUUCCCCGUUUGUUGUAUUUCUUUUAUGUAUUGUCUUAAUGUACAUAAUAUUACCUAAAUUUGAAAAGGAUGAAGACAGCUGCUACCAUUAAGGACCAAAUUUCAUGCUACCACUAAACAAAAAAUUCACUGCGUCUAUGUUAAAUUGUAUGUCUUUUUAAAUGUAUUUAGAGAUUCAUCUAAGCUUUAGAGAAGGCUGAGUAGCUUAGGAAGCCAGUAAUCGGGACAUAACUUUGUACCUGAUUUUGAUGCUUCUGCUGCUCUAUAAGCCUCUGAAAAGCAAUAGCUAAUUUAUUAUUACUGUAAUUUUUUAAGGCUUUAAAGUGCCUCUGGGGUUCCCUGAAACUAAUUUUCUAUUUCUGGGAUUUCCUGGAUUCUCUAUAAGAGAUGAUGAUAUGAUUAGAGGAAUUCUUUUUAGUAUGGAAGCUGUCCCUUUUUCAGUACUUGCCUCCUAUUGUGAUUGAAUUAUCAAAGGGACAAAAAUUGGUUAAUUUUUUAUUUCUAACUCUCAGCAAACUCCUCUUGCCUAAUAUUUAUUUGGGUCCCUGUAACUAACUGAGGGGAAAAAAUGAAUUCAUUGAAGCUGCCAAUAUUUAUCUAUGAACUGUAGCAGUACACUGACUUGUACUGUAGCAGGGACAUUGAGAUGCUCGGGGGGUGUAUUGCAUACCUUCCAGUUACACUGUUUUCUUCAUUUCUGAAUUGAAUUUUAUUUUCUUGGUGUUGGUCUCCUUCAUGUCACCUCAAGGGUUUAGACUUGUGAAGGAACAAGUAUGAUGGGGAUAGUAGUCUUGAAAGGAGACAUACUGUACAUAAUCGGAAGGAAAAAGAAAGGACUUACCCAUUUUGAUAUGUUGCUGUAGGUGGCCAGUUUUGUUUCUCAAAGGGAAAUCUGACCCACCUGUCAAGCUGGCUCCUAAGGAACUGCUGUUGUAAACAGCUCAUCAAGAGUUGAACCUCCACGUAGCCAUUUUGGAAAUAUGGAAAAGGAAGAAAGCCACGGGACUGCCUGUUCAGUUUUGGGGAAAUGUGGAUGAUUCUGCACAAGCAAAAAUGACUUGAAAUUUACAAAUAGACACCUCUCUACCAAUCCAUCUUCAGUGACCGAAUGUUGUAUGAUAGCCGUCCAAAGCAGGGGUGGAAUUAAUCUGGUUUCACAACACAUUUUCUACUUUUUUCGUUUUUGGAAUCACCUUACAGAUUCCAGGUCCCUUUUGUAUAUAACCUUUAUUCUUUUGUUUUUUAAAAAUAACUAUGUCAUAUUUAAAUCCCUUGUAUUAGUCAGUGAUUCAUGUUCAGCAUUAUUUCAACCAUUUGCCAUUACAGAAAGAAAUACUUAUUUGUGUUCUAAAUAAAACUGGUGUAG